AUUGCUGCAGAUCGAGACUCUACCUCUUCCUCUGUGAUCGGGGGUAAUCCCGCGGCCGUUCAGAAACGGCGGCUGUCAGAUUGUGUCCCGUUGAUCCUUGGGCUGUGGUUGUAGCCCUGCGUGUUGCUGGGCCCGUGGGUGAGUGGGGUGCAGCUGCUGACCCACUUUUCUUGGACGAGCAUCGUGGGAGCACUCAUCUCCUGGCACCAGAAGAGUUUUGGGGAUGUGUUCUCCUGCUCCUUUGUGACAGUGCUAAUGAUGUCGUCUGGCACAGAUUACGCAAGGCUGAGCACCACCGAAGCACAGCUGUGUGGUCCCCGGCAUCUGCUUUCUUCCCCCUCCGCCACUGGGCCACUCUCAGUAGGGUAACUUUGCUGAGAGAUGGCGGAGCAGCGUCAGGACGUCACCGUGAUGGAGGAUCAUGCAGCUGGCCAGGAGAAGCACAUCCCAUCAGGCUAUCCCCUUCAGAUACCAGUCGAUGAUGGAUCAGAUGAGCCUGUUUCUGAAACAUCUGACGCUAAGAGCACCCCAACUACGGAAGAUGCCACAGCACCUUUAGUGGAGGAAGGAGACCACGAGGAUCAGGGUGGUGUCGAACAGCAUGGGGAGAUCCCGGAAGGAACCACAGCUGAAGAGGCAGGCGUAGGAGCCACCCCCAACCUGGAGGAUCAUGCUGCAGGAGAUGCUGCUCAAGGGGAGCCAAGCUCUCCAAAGCUACAGCCUGGCCCUCAGGAGCGUGUGGGAGAUGCAAUAAAAAGAGAAAGCCAGCCCACAAAGCAGGUAGCUGGGGUUCUUCAGCAGCCUCUUCUGUCGCAUGAAACGAAGGCUACAACAGCAGCUCCCACCAGAAUCGAGGUCACCAUCCCAAUACCCCUGGAUAUGUACCAAGACUCCAGAGCAUCUGAAGACAACGAGUUGUGGGAUCAUCGAGGCAGAGAAGGCAUUGGUAUGGAUCCAGCGCUGGGAACAGAGCUAGGUCGUGGUGUGCGCACUGAGGGGUUGGCAGGAGCAGGUGGCACAGACGACUCCCAUAUUAAAGAUGGGCCAUCUCCUUCUUCAUAUACCAGAGCUCCAUUAAAAGAAGAUGCCAGUGGACGGGAAAGAGAUGAGGACCGUGAUAUUGAUGAAACUUCUGAACAGGAUUUGCUUUCCCUGGUGGCACAGCAUGUUUCACCAGGACCUGAAAUGGGCUUGUGUCCAGCAACAGCCAAGGAAGCUCUUGAAGAAUAUGCCUUUGAAGAAAACAAGUCCAAAGAUGUCCUCAGAGACAUACCAAGAGAGGCACUUCGUGUUGAAACUGAAUCACAUAAAGCAGGAGAGGACCAAGAGGAGAGGAGACAGCCAUUGAGGGGGGAAGAAGACACAGAUGUCACUCCAUCAGAGCCUUCCGAAAUCAUCUCCCAAAAAGAAGCAGAACCCAGGGAGGGAGAAGAUUCUGGACCCUUGCUAGAAGCAGCCAAACUCCCUGUUGAGUUAAAAGAUGACGUGGAAGACAAAGAUGCUCCUUUGGAAGAGGCUGUGCCAGAUACAGGAGAACGCCGGACACCCAAGAAGAAACCUUGUGCUCAUGUUGCAGAUAAAGCCGUCAGUCGCGUCCCUCUCCUAAAAGGUCGUAUUGACAGCAAAGACAAGGAAGGGACUGAAGCUGAGGAAAAGAAACCGAAGAAAUCCUCACCUUCCACUGCCAAACCCCCAGGCGAUAGACCCUCCAUCCCCCCCCAACGACACACCUCCUCUAGCACAACCCCUUCGAAAACACCUUCCAGCCCUGCUUCCACCUCUAAACGAGUCUCUUCCGUCACAUCCCGACCUGCCAGUACAGGAACGCAAGAAAUGAAAGCCAAGGGCCCGGAGAUGAGAGGUGGCACGAAGACGGCCACGCCGCGGUCUGCAGCUGGGCAGGCUCAGAGGAACUCGACCAAUGCCACACGCAUCCCAGCAAAGACCCCCACGGCCCCCAAGACACCUCCCAGCUCCGGCAGAAAGGAGCAGAAAAAACCACCUCCUGCAGCAGCAAAGUCUGAGAAAGGUGAGCAGCCAAAGUCUGGAGACAGAAGCGGUUACAGCAGUCCCGGCUCCCCCGGGACUCCAGGCAGCCGUUCCCGCACUCCCUCUCUGCCCACCCCACCAGCCAGGGAGCCCAAGAAGGUGGCAGUGGUUCGCACACCACCGAAAUCUCCUGCAUCUGCCAAGAGCCGCAUCCAGCCGUCUGCCGCACCCAUGCCUGAUCUGAAAAAUGUGAAGUCCAAAAUUGGCUCAACUGAAAACCUGAAGCACCAGCCCGGAGGUGGCAAGGUUCAAAUCGUUUACAAGCCAGUCGACCUGAGCCACGUGACAUCCAAAUGUGGUUCCCUGGGCAACAUCCAUCACAAACCAGGCGGUGGCCAGGUGGAGGUGAAAUCUGAGAAACUGGACUUCAAAGAUAAGGUGCAAUCAAAAAUCGGGUCCUUAGAUAACAUCAGCCACGUCCCUGGAGGAGGAAAUAAAAAGAUUGAGACUCACAAGCUGACUUUCCGCGAGAACGCCAAAGCCAAGACCGACCACGGCGCCGAAAUCGUCUACAAGUCCCCUACCAUCUCCGGAGAUGCCUCCCCGCGCCGCCUUAGCAACGUCUCCUCCACCGGCAGCAUCAAUAUGGUGGACUCCCCCCAGCUCGCCACGCUAGCCGACGAAGUGUCUGCUUCGCUGGCCAAGCAGGGCUUGUGAUCGGGGCACGGCGGGCGAAGAUGAGAGAAGACAAGGAAAAAAAAAAAAAAAAAAAAGAAAAGAAACAAAAAUAAUAAUCUGGCCUUCUUCCUCUGUUCCUUUUACAGCUGCUUCCCCAUCCCCUAACUGGUUAAUGAUUUAACCUGCUUUUACUGUUCAUUCAGCUCUAGCUCCAGGACUUCAAAAUCAGUGACACUAUGAGGUACAAAAACCUCCUCUCCCCCUGCUCCUCGGAGCGCACAGCCCGUGCCCGUCCCCCACUCCCUCCCCUCGUCCCCCCGCGAGGUCCCUCACUGUCCCGGCCCUGCCUGGGGCCACCUGCCCUGGCAGGGAUGCCCACCGCCCCCCGGGAAAGUGGGGAGGGGGAUAGAGGGGCAGCCGCAGCACGACGCUGACCCGAGCGCCCCGCACCGCAGCACAGGGCAGCGGGAGGUCCUCAAGGGAAGGGGAUGUGACCUUCCCACGCUCGUUACCCUAACGAUGCCUGGGCUGGAGGUCUGGCAUGCAGGCGGCACAGGCAGUGGGUGCUGCAGCCAGGGACUGCAGGGAGGUGCCCUCCCUUUCUGCAUUAAAUUUGCCUGCUGAUUUGGAAGAAACCUUUUGUUUUUACCACCGAAAGCCGAGAUGUGUAUGAAGAUAACUGCCAGGUAUCCCCUAAACCCGCUCUCAGCCCCGGCAGCUGGAGUACUGGCGACGCCGGGGUAUCCCGUUGCGGAAGGGGCCCUGGACGGCCGUUCCCCUCUUCGUGGCUGUGCUGGAACCGCUGAGUGGAUGAGUAGAGGCUUUUCCCCAUUCCUUUGGCAGCCCCUCGUGUCGUAGAGUAGCUUUGUCUGUAUAUGCUUGGACCGUGCCAGGGUGAUUGUUUUCAUAAACGAGCAUGUGU